GGCGGCGCCCCCGGAGCCCGAGAGGGCGCUGAUCGGGGCUAUAACUUCGCGCACCGGCCCGCCGCGGGGCAGUGGGAGCGCAGCGCAGCUCGGCCCCGCGUCGCUGGGCAUCGGCGCCGCGCCGUACCCCCUCGGCCGCUGGUUCAGCCGCGGACCCGCCGUGCCCUUCAGGCUGCGCGCCGUCCCGCCGAGCGAAGGCUGCGCGCUGCCCGGGCUAGCGCCAGAGAGGGGCAGUGCGAGGAGGCAGGCAGGCAGGCAGGCAGGCAGCGGCGGCGCGCCGGCUGUUAGGAAGCUAGAAGAAAGUCAGGCGAACGCAACAGCGGCUGCCCCUCCUGCUCCGCAGAAGCGAGGAGCCACCUUCGAGGGGUGCGGGGUCUGUGUGUGUGUGCGCGUGUGUGUGUUAGAGGAGGGGGCGCAACAUGACGGCGUGGCUGAGCUUCCUCGUCGUGCUCCUCUGCAGCUGGAGGCUGCGGGACUUGGUGGUGGAGGCUUGCACUUGCGUCCCCAUCCACCCGCAGGACGCUUUCUGCAACUCCGACAUCGUGAUCCGAGCUAAAGUUGUGGGGAAGAAGCUCAUGAAAGAUGGACCAUUUGGGACAAUGCGGUACACAGUCAAGCAGAUGAAGAUGUACAGGGGCUUCCAGAUAAUGCCACAUGUUCAGUACAUCUACACAGAAGCCUCUGAGAGUCUUUGUGGAGUCAAGCUGGAGGUCAACAAGUACCAAUACCUGAUUACAGGCCGUGUGUACGAAGGGAAGGUUUACACUGGCCUGUGCAACUGGUAUGAGAAAUGGGACCGGCUGACUCUGUCCCAGCGUAAAGGACUGAAUCAUCGUUAUCAUCUGGGCUGUGGAUGCAAGAUAAGGCCCUGCUACUAUUUGCCCUGCUUUGCCACCUCCAAGAACGAGUGCAUUUGGACAGACAUGCUCUCCAACUUUGGCCACUCAGGAUACCAAGCGAAGCACUAUGCCUGCAUCCAGAGGGCAGAAGGUUACUGCAGCUGGUAUAGAGGAUGGGCGCCUCCAGAUAAAACGAUAAUCAAUGCCACAGAUCCCUGAGCACGCUAUCCCUUUCUUAUCUCCCCUCUCCCUUACUUGUGGCUGAUCUUCCUUUGGACACUAACUCUUACCAGAUCAUGAUGAUGACAAUGAAAUUAGUGCCUGUUUUCAUGCAAAUUUUAGCACUUGGAACACUUAAAAAAGAAAAGGAGAAAAAAAAAAAAAAAAAAAGGAAAGAAAAGGAAAAAAAAGUCUGUGCUACCUUACUGAAUUUGUAAUCACCUCUUCCAUUUUUUGAUACCACUCGUUUUGAUCAGACGACAUUUGGGAGCUUACUUUUGCACACCAGAGGGAAAAAUGGGAGGGGGAAAAAAAAAAAAAGAAAAAACAAACCAAAAAAACCCCCCAAAAAACAAAACAAAACAAAAAAAAAAAAAAGAAAAAACCCAGAGCUCUUGCUCUCUUACAUGUAUCAUUAGCUGUAGCAAUAUAAUCUCUAUUUUUUUAGGAAAACAAAAAUCUAAAAACUGUGCCAGUUAGGCACGGUGUUCUUCUAUACGCUGGCUUCCCAUCACCCCUCCUCAUGCACUAAGUGCUGAAAAUACGUAGACAAAUCUAUUUGAAGGAAAACAGGUUGCAUUAAUCAGAUUGGCAAAUGAAACAAACUGAAAAGAAACCCAGCCUAAACUCUGGAAAAUAUGAUGUCCAAAAGAAAUCCUCCUCUAUGGGAGAGAUUGGCAAUGUGAUCGACUCCAGCAGUGGGAGAAUUCACCUGGUGUGUCUGACCACAUCAUCUGGUAAAAGCAUUGUUGACUGCUUGUCCUAGCUAAUUCAGUCACAGUGUUAAUGCAACAGCACAUUUGAAGUUCUGGCUUUCCCCAGAACAAAAGAGAGAGUAUUUCGUAUUUUUGUUGUUGUUUAAAAAAGAAAAGCCCCAUCCCCUAUGUUCAGGGAGGUAAAUCCACCUACAGCAGAGCAGAUGAAGUGCUGUGCCAUCCUGUUUUGAGCAGCAUAGGCCCCUGAAAUUUUUGCAGCUUAGCUUCAACAGCAAAACCAGCUUGUGAACACCUUAAACCAAACAGAUGCAAAAAUACCAACUGUAAAUCAAUCACAUGGAAGAGGGAAAGGGGAGACUUGCUACAACUCUUACUAUAAAAAAAAAAAAAAUCUAUUGCCAAAAUAGUGUUUUGCCGAACUAAGAUGUAUAUACACAUAAUGACAUAAGCUAUUUUUGACAGGAGGUGGAAAUUUUUUGGUGUUAUAAACAGAAGAAUGGUUUGAUUGUGUUUUCAAGACAGAAAUAUUGACAUUCCGAGUCAGUGAGUUGUUUUUAAGAUACUGAAGCUCCAGUGUAUCUGCAGUAGUGGCUACAGUCAUUGUUUCCUCUGUACCUCCUUGCACCACGGUUCCUCCCCUGCAGCUACACUAGCUGCAUUUGUUUAUAUAGUGAAAGGAAGUGUGUGUGGGGGGGCUAGACAAUGAAAAGGGGUCUCCUAGUAAGCGCUGGCUGGGAUCAUAAAAUUUCAGCUGCCCAGAGGAUUCCUUCUGUGUCAAGUGCUGUGUUUCCCUCGAGGCACUGUUAAGCAUAGCUCUGUACAUGUGCUCAUACCAUGUCCUGCAGUGAUGUGGGAGGAGGAGCCUUACUGUCUUGUGCUUUGCUGUUGACUGGAGAAGUUUUUUCAUUCUAUUUUGUUUUUUAUUAAGAAAACUAUAAUAUAAUUUUUCUUAUCAAAUAAAAGUAUUUUAAGUUUUAAUGAUGGUGAAGAAGGGGUGCUGAAAAAAUGGGUGACUGAGUUUUGGAUGGGGUGGGCUUGGGCAGGGAGAAGAUUAUGCUUAACUCCAUUUUUGUAUUAUAAUGAUUAUUUAUCUUACGUUUCCAUAUAUCUUCAGUUCAUUCCACUUAGGAAGCAGAGCUGCCACCAGCAGGAAAAAGUGUUGCAGUGAUUCCAGCUUGGGGCAAUACGGCAUUUUACAGUCAGUGACCUCAAUUACUGGGGAGUUGUCUGGGACCUCUUUGCCAAACGGAAAGGAAAGGGUGUCUGAGACGGGCCCUGAUGCAUUUUUACGUUCCUUGUGUGCUACCAGAGCUCUGCCAGACAUACAUCCCCUGAAAUGCCCCAUUUAUUAGAUGACUUGUCGCAGCAAAAAUGCACGUAGCUUCAUUUUUCACGUGAACUUUAAAGGGCAUUUUCAAAGAGUUGAUGCAAGAGGUGCCUAGGUCUGCUGUGCAUUAUUUUUUUCAGCUGCGCUGAGUGUCAUUGCAGCACAAACCACAUUGAAAAUCUGUUGGAUUUUCCUGUGAUUCAGGCUUGGAACGCUUUUCAGAAGUCCCCUUCCCUGUGACUACUCCGGAAUUAUGGGGUGGAGAUGAGAAGGAGAGUAGGGUGCUUCACAGCACCCACUGUAGGAUCAGAUGGUGGGUCAGAGUGUUGCCCCUUCUGGCGGAGUACGGGGUGGGGCUUUGGGCACAGUGGAGCAAUCUCUGUUCGAGCUGUGCAUGGCUGACCAAAUCCCUGAGGGUCACUGGGGGCAGAGUGGGUCCAGCCUCGCCACCCCCACUGUUGGCAUUGUGUGGAGUCGGCGUGGCUGGAGGGGGCUCCUCAAGCUCCAGGCGACUUUGCAAAGCCGGCGUCUCUCUGAGCUGCAGCCACGUCCCACGGCUUUGGGAGGCUAAACGAAAAUGCCCCUUGGUGCAGUGAAGUGUUGAUUUGAAUUUUCAUUAAACUGCAGCUCUGCAUAUUUUACCUGUCACUGAUUCAUUUAGCUAGCUGAGACAUCACAGUAUUGCACUCAAAUUAUUGUGAAAAUACUUGCAUUCUAAUACUAUGAGGGCUUGCGUCCCUAAAUAGGAUAUAAUUUAGCUAUGUGCUUUGUAAACAACAAAACAGCAGAUGCAUUACCAGAAAAUGAAGCGUAUUCCCAUUUUGUAUUGCAGAUGGUAAAAUAUUUCUGAGAUGCAGACAGCUAGAUGGGCAGGGGUGGGGGGUUGGUAGCAAAUCUUUCCCCUUCCUGUGUCAAGAAACAGUUGUUAAAGCUUUUUGAAAUGUGGAGCCAAAAUGAGGGGGAAGAAUCCAGUAAAAAUACAUUUCUUUUGGGAGGCUUCUUAAUUUUGUUUCUGUGCAUGCUAUCAGGGACGUGUGUUUCUUGGGCUAAGCUUUAGCUUGUGCUUGUAUUAUUAACCUGACCGAAGGCUCCCUUGAAGUGCACGGGAGCCAUUAAAUGGUUUGAACAGGCUCUGAGUCAGACUCAGACUUCUCUCUUUCUAUCAGCUCUCCUUUCUUCUGUUUUGCUAAGUCGCUUCUGCCUGCCAGUGAACAAACCCUUCUCCCUCAUUACAGCGGGCCAUGCAGUAUGUGGGAAUACCAGGCAUGGAGAGGUGAGAAGGCAGGUGUGAAGUUCUCCCCAAAACGUUAAGCUAUGAAGCAUACAAUGACUCGCAGCAGCACAAAUGUCUUCCUGUCAUCUCUGACAUGCUCCUCACUUCACCCCAUAACCUAAGGUUAGAGGAACUGUCGGUGGCACACACAGCUCAUGUGAGCAUGAGCUUUGGACAGGUACAGGAUGAGGGCUCCACCCCCCCGUGCUUUAGGUACACCAGCAUUAUUAAAAAUACUGGACUGUUCCUGUUCGCUUUCUUGUUUAUAGACAUGUUUUCCUUAUUUGCUUCAAAAUGUUUCCCCCUUUAGAAUUACAAAAAAUACAAAACGCACACUGAAGUUUUGGGAAAGAUUGGAUUUGAUUUUUCCUUUUCCAAAAUGGGGGGAGUAGAGAGCAGGAGGAGAGCUGUGCAUGGAGUACCUUGAAUAAAGUCCUCUUGUGGAGGCUUCCCCCUCCCCUGUAUGAGACAAACCUGAUGUUUUAGGUCUAAAUUUCCUAUGUUUUGAAGAGUUGGUGGCACCUUCAGGUAGGACUACUCUAAAACCUAAAUAUAUCACCAUAUCCCAUUCAUACUUGGCUGGAGUGAGAUGCGGCCUCAUGGUGAUGGGAAACAUACUGCUCUGCUUUUUACAGCAGAGUGUUUGAAGUAAACGCCUCCAUGGGAACACGUUUCCAUUCUUUCAGAUGUCUCUGAAAGCGUAUCUCACUCACGAUGUGUUUUAUACCUUAGAAGGGCAGAACAAAAUUUAGGGAACUGCAGAUUUUUUUGGUCUGUUUUAGAAUAAGUGGGUUUUGGGGCUACCAGUCUUGACGAAAAUCUUAAAAACCCACUAAACAUUUGCUGCUGCUUUGCCUGUACUGGCUUCUCCUUCUCUCUGACACUGUCCUUCCUUCAUAGAGCCACUCUACUGUUCCUGAUAGUCAUGGAAACCUGGGGAGGGAACCAGACCCGUGUGAAAAAUCUUGUCCAGAAGGAAUGUAUUUGUUGCUAAAUUUUCUAGCACUGUUUACAGUUUUCCUCCAUGUUAUUUAUAAAUUUUAUAUUCAGUGAAUGUAUAUUGUCUUUUAAGGUAAUGUUGCAUAAUGUUCACUUUUUAUAGUGUCCUUUUAUUCUAAACAGUAAAGUGGUUUUAUUUCUAUCACAGACAUUCUGUCUCUGCUUCACUUAUAUUAGUUUCUGUCCACUUCAAACGUACACAAACGGAUUUGCAAGUGGAUUUAUUCAUUUCCUACCCUUUCUUGAUACUGCUUUAUUGGGCCCAAAGCAGAUAUUCCACCUCUGGCAAUUCUUGUGCUUUGGCAAAGAUCCCUCCAGCAGUCCCUCCCUCUUCUUAGGAGGCUGAUCUCUCUAAGAAUUGUUACUGGGGUCAUAAGCCCAGGAGAGGUGAAAAAUCCCUUUUGAAGUUGAUGUAUCCCGCUUGCUAACUGGCCGUAGGGGGUCACUGCAGAGCAAGGCAGCCGGUAUGGCUGUCCUGGAGCACCAGUAGAGCCUUAGAAGAACAGUUGCCAGAUUGCUCUUAUUUCCAGUUAGCUGAUGGUGGGGGGAGGGUUGAAAGGUACAUGCCGGUGGCAAAGGGAAGGGAGAUUCAUCUUUUGGAUUUUUCUUCUGCUGCGAAAUGUCAAGAGCCUUGUGUCCUCUCUUUAGGCUUACGGUUUAAGGCUGGUUAAAAAUGCCCUGUUGUCCUGAGAAGGAAGCUUCAGAAAAAAGCUUUUUCAACUAAAUUAAAAUGCUCACAAAAAUCGG